AUGGCGGCCAAGACGGCGGACGAGCUGUCUAAGCUCGCUCUGAAUGGGUCGCCCACUAAGCAAAACCCGCAAGUCAAUGGCACAAACGGCGUAAACGGCCAUUUAUCGGAUCAGGAUGACUCGGACGAUGACAAAGACGACGGGGCUACUGCCACCGGUGGUGACAACGGGAACACUGCCAACGGCGCCGCAAAGAAGAAGAAGAAGAAGAAGCCCAAGAAGAAGAAGGCCGCGGGUGCCAAAGUCCAGUCCGAUCCGCCACGAGUCCCUCUCAGCCAACUGUUCCCCAACAACACAUACCCGGUGGGAGAAGAGGUGGAAUACAAGAAUGACAAUACAUACCGAACCACGAACGAAGAGAAACGGCACCUCGACCGGAUGAACAAUGAUUUCCUACAGGAGUACCGCCAGGCUGCUGAAGUGCACCGGCAGGUGCGGAAAUGGGCCCACGCGAACAUCAAACCGGGCAUGACACUGACCGAGAUCGCGGAGGGGAUUGAGGACGGCACGCGCGCUCUCACGGGUCAUCAGGGACUCGAGGAAGGUGACAACAUCAUCGCCGGUGUAGGGUUUCCCACGGGACUGAGCAUCAAUCAUAUCGCCGCCCACUAUACGCCUAAUGCGGGCAACAAAUGGGUAUUGGGUGAGCAGGAUGUCAUGAAAGUCGAUUUCGGCGUCCAUGUCAACGGGAGAAUUGUGGACUCGGCCUUUACCGUGGCAUUUGACCCCAAAUACGACAACCUUCUGGCGGCGGUCAAGGACGCCACCAACACAGGCAUUCGUGAAGCCGGCAUUGAUGUCCGGGUGUGCGACAUUGGAGCCGCGAUCCAGGAGACGAUGGAGUCCUAUGAAGUCGAUCUUGACGGGAAGACGUACCAGGUGAAGCCGAUUCGCAACCUCAACGGCCACGAUAUCGUGCAGCACUGCAUUCACGGCGGCAAGUCAGUGCCUAUCGUCAAAGGAGGCGACCAGACCAAGAUGGAGGAAGGCGAGAUCUUUGCGAUCGAGACGUUCGGAUCAACAGGCCGCGGCUAUGUCGUCGACGACCUGGAGGUCUCGCACUACGCGUUACAUGGCGACGCUCCUAAUGUUCCUCUGCGCGUGCAGUCAGCCCGCUCGCUGCUCAAUGUCAUCAAGAAGAACUUCGGGACCUUGCCCUUCUGCCGACGCUACCUCGAUCGUCUUGGGCAGGACAAGUACUUGCUUGGCUUGAACAACCUCGUCGGCUCGGGCAUCGUCGAGGCAUAUCCUCCCUUGGUCGAUGUCAAGGGCAGCUACACCGCGCAGUUUGAGCAUACGAUCCUGCUACGUCCCACGGUGAAGGAGGUUGUCAGCCGUGGUGACGACUACUAG